CUCAAAUCAAUGAAUAUUAAAACAUUCCAUAAACACCAGCAGCAGAGCUAAAAAAAAAUUUAAAAAAUAAAAUAAAAUGAAAAUAAAUCUUUUCCAUUACAAGAUCUUCACUGCUGUCCAAAUUCAAUGGCAAAACUGUCGUAUUUUAUUUUGAGAUACAAAUCAGCAGCAUUACCUUAAAUCCUACUGUCUACUGCUACGGUUAUUAGCUCUAAUUCUCAUUUUGAAAACUCCAAAAAGCCUCUGUCAUGCUAAAUGAGUAUCCGCCCACCACCUUAGGCGCAUAAAGGUGGUUACUUUUUGGCCACCCCAGAAGGGGAAAAAAGAAACCAUUUUGUUGGUUCUUUUUGUUGUUUUAGACCUCCACAAAGUCUUUUGAAUUCAACCCAUUUGAUUUCAUCCCCCUUUUUUGAGCUCCCACAAGCGCACUCUGCCUAGCUUAUUCAAGGUAAUCUUUAUCCACUUGUUUUGCCUUUUCUGGGUUUGGUUUAUGCCGCUGCUGAAUUUUUCUUUUAUGUUUUAAGUUUGUUUUGUUGGUGGGAUUGAAUGUGGGUUCAAUUGUGUUUCCAAGUUUGAAUCUUGUUCUUCAUUUGAUCAGGGAUUGUUUUUUUACACUUGGAUUUUUGCUUGUUUUGAGCUCUUUUGGGCUGGAUUUUGGCUGCCUGGAUGUUUUGCUGGUUUGCGAAUUCGUUGAACGGAUGCCCUUUGUUUGAUUUAGAUCCAAGUUAGGAGAAGUUUGCCUUAUUAACGUAAUAAACAAUUAAAGAUUUAGCUCUUACUGGAAAAUAGGGCAAUUGGAAUUGGGACUGGUUGCCCUGAUAGAAGAGUUAAAAAAAAUUUAGUUAUCAAUGUGGAUUAUGCACACCGGGUAAAGGGGUUCGUGUUGUAAAUUUAGGAUUUCUUUCCUUGGUAGAAUCUCUCUGUUAUUGCAUUUUGGGAAAUUUUUGGUGAUAUCUCAUUGCUUUAGCCCAAGGGUUCCUACUAUUAAAAUUUGUGAUUCUGAUAUGUUAGUGUUUUUGUUUAAAAUUUGUGUAAGACAAAUUUUCUCAGAUUCAACUUGCUCUGCCCUAUUCCUUAGAGCUACAUUUUCCUGGAUUUUUUUGAACUGAAUAAUUGUCAAAGUAAUUAGCUGCUCAUCUGUUUGCUUAAGUUGAUUGUUGUCUGUUAUUAGGGAAUUAGCUUCUGCAGUAGCAUUUUCCCAGCCUAUACCAUUAGCAUAUUUGAAAGCUUUGAAUUCACUGUAUAUUUUCGUUUUUUCGGUUGCUUUGUACACAAUAAGAAGCUUCAAGUUCUUAUGAACAGUUGACAGGGUAAAAGGUCCCCAUGAUACUUGUGACUUUAAUGGUUGGACAAUAUUGUGCUAUUCAUGAGAAAAUGAUUGGGGCAUUUAACUACUACCUUUUCACCUAUACUAACGCCAAACUAACUGUCUCAAUUUUGUUAUGCAAAAAACUUUCAAGCUCAUUCUUUUUAAAGGGAAGAUUUGAUGUUCUUCUAUUGUACUAAAGCAUAUACAAGAAGUUACUGACAACAAACUAAUUUUCAGCUUUUGUGGGCAGCAAGUGUUAUUCUUAUGACAUGGAUAAAGUGUCUCCCGAUUGUCCGUAUCCAGGGUGCUUUUUCUGUGUGAUGAAAGAAGGCAACCCAAGCAAGCGCAGAGCUAGUAUAUUAAAGUUCUUCAGGGAACUUCCAUCUCAGGAUGAUGAUGGUCAGGUUCUCCCUAUUAGUGGAUUAUGGAAUACUGCUAUGGCACAUCCUAACGAUCCUGAGUUCAUUGAAUUGGGGAUAUUUGAAUGCAUGGCAGCUCUCAUAUGGAAGGGUUUGAAAAACCGUCGUUGGCUCUCACAUGACCAGAAUAUUUAUAUUCCAUAUUAUGCAGCCCAUAUAAUUGGAUCCUACACGAUGAAUAUGGAAGAGUUUGCUGAAAGGGCUAUUCGGGCAGGAGUUAUUCCACCCUUGGUUGAGCUUCUAAGAGGAAGGUUAACCUGGGUAGAACAGAGGGUGGCGGUACGAGCUCUAGGCCAUUUGGCUACCUAUGCCAGCACUUUUCCUGCUGUUGCAAGUCAUGGUGAAAUUCUUGAGCUUUCGAUUCAACUUGCGAUGAGUUCACUUGAAAUUGUGUACUCUCAUUUUUACCAGUAUGUUGACAGAAGGCUUAGUUAUCAUUGUGAUCUUCUUACGCGUGGCAUGGGUGGUGUUGAAAUGGAGUCAAGGAAGGCGGAGGAAUGGGCUAGUCAGUUACAAUGCUGGUCUCUUCAACUAAUUAAUUGUUUCGCUUUUAAACCUGAAUUUCUUCCUGCUAUAUGCAAGCCAGAAUUUCUGGUGAAGCUUCCAGGUAUGUGGGGUGGCCUUGUCAAUGAGAACUCACCAGCAGGAAUUGGCUUACUACGAACAAUCUGCCAUCAUAAGCAUGGUAGGGGGCCUGUUGCUAGUUGUCCUGGUAUUGUGGAGGCAUUAUGUAAUAUCGCCCGCUCAUCAGAUGACUGGCAGUAUAUGGCCAUCGAUUGUCUUCUAUGGUUGCUCCAAGACCCUAGCACUUCUCACAAGGUGAUGGAUAAGGCAGUACCUGCUCUGGUGGAUCUAGCGGAGAUCUCGAGUCUGGGCGAGCACAAAAAACUUGGAGAAUCCAUUAUUAAUGCUCUUCAGGAGUGUGUUCAACCGCAAGGAUCAGGACGGAAUUCGGUUAGUGGUCGCACAAAAGAAGAGGUUGAGGAACUGCUUAGCUCUAGACAGAGACUUAAAUGGGAAAAAAAUAUGCCCAAAGAGGACCUUCAUAUUAAACAGGCGGCUGCAUUGGUUGUCAAACUUGAAGGGAACUCACUAUUUUCUUCAGGGAAUAUAUCAGGGGCUGCGUCAAAGUACUCGGAAGCAUUGGCAUUGUGCCCCAUGAGAUCAAAGAAAGAAAGAGUUGUUCUUUACAGUAAUCGAGCUCAGUGUCAUCUUUUAUUGCAACAGCCCUUGGCUGCUAUAAGUGAUGCUACUCGUGCACUUUGUCUACAUAACCCUGUGAAUCGGCAUGCCAAGAGCCUUUGGAGGAGAGCACAAGCAUACGACAUGCUUGGGUUAGCUAAAGAGAGUUUGUUAGAUGCUAUUCUGUUCAUCAAUGAAUGCUCUCAGUCAACUGAUCCAGAUCUAUCCCUGAGACAGAACAAAGUUCCUGAUUAUGCUGAACGUUUGGUUAAGAAGCAGAUGCGUGCAGCUUGGUUAUUCAGGGAGGCUGCUAUAAAACAUGGGGGUGUGCACGGCGAGGGUGCUGAUGGCGAUGUAUGUCAACAAGAGUCUGACGAUUCUGAAUGGGAGACAGCAAGUGACAGUGAUGCGGGAAAUGAUGUCAAAGAUGAAUUGGGUGACGAUGAUUAUGAGUGGAAGGAUGACUUUGAAAGAAAAGACAAAUACGAUAAGCAACCAGCAAAAGAUAUGAAGCGUGGGUAUAAUGCUCAGCUCACUGAAGAAGAAGAAGACGAGGAGUAGUUCUUCUAUCCGAGUAUCGACUUCCUUGUGUAAAGUAUGUAUGGAAAGAUAAGAGAUGGUUAGUUGAACCUUGUAAAAAUAUUCAUCGAACGGUUCCGCUUGUCAAGCUUCUGAUUCCAAAUGGUGUCAUGGAAUUUUUCUGAAGGCCUGUUGACAUGGCAUCUUAGUUUUGCUAGCUUUGUUUCUACAAUUGUGUUUGCCUAAAUAUUUUUGGGUUUGAUUUUUCCUUAUUCUAGUACGGGGAGAGUUAAGCUGUUGAGGUUAUUAUUGUUUUCAUGGCGAAAAGCUGGGAUUGCUUUUCUGAUAUUCAGUCAAAUCUGUAAAUCAAGUUGUACAUCUUUUUUCAUUUUGGAUAAAUCAAAAAAUUGUGAUCUAUUGAUUUCUUACACGUUUAGUCACCCC